CACCGGAAGUCCCUCCGCCGCGGCCGUCCCUUUCGGGCCUGGAACCGGGGAAACCAGCUUUCGCCAGGCGGGAGGCCGCGUUGGGAAGCCCGGCGUCCGACUCCGGCGCCUCGGCUAGGUUGAGAGGCCUAACCGGCGAGGGCGGAACUCGCGGGCGCGGGGCGUGGUUUCCGGAGGGAGCGCCUUCCGGGUGGCUCCGGCGCGCUUCCGCCUCCUCCCGCAGCGGCGGCUCGCUUCCUUCCCGGUAACGGACUCGGCGGAGGCCCCGCCCGCGAUGGCCGUGGAGGCUUGAGGGCCGGUGGCCGGAGGAGGAGGAGGCGGCGGGAUGGAUCCUGUCGGGCCCGGCGGGGGCGCCGGCGGGAAGCCGAACCUGCAGAUGGUCUACCAGGCCGUGCAGGCGCUCUACCACGACCCGGACCCCAGCGGGAAGGAGCGCGCCAGCCUCUGGCUCGGGGAGCUCCAGCGCUCGGUCCAUGCCUGGGAGAUCUCCGACCACUUGCUACAGAUCCAUCAGGACGUGGAGUCCUGCUACUUCGCAGCCCAAACCAUGAAGAUGAAAAUCCAGACCUCGUUCUAUGAGCUCCCCACCGAUUCCCACGUCUCCCUCCGCGACUCCCUGCUUUCCCACAUCCAGAACUUGAAGGACAUGUCCCCCGUCAUCGUCACCCAGCUGGCGUUAGCCAUAGCAGACCUGGCCUUGCAAAUGGCUUCCUGGAAAGGCUGCGUGCACACCUUGGUUGAAAAGUACAAUAACGACGUGACCUCCCUGCCUUUCCUGCUGGAGAUCCUGACGGUGCUCCCCGAGGAGGUUCACAGCCGGUCCUUGCGGAUCGGCGCCAACCGACGCACCGAGAUCAUCGAAGACUUGGCCUUCUACUCCAGCACGGUGGUCUCCCUCCUGAUGACCUGCGUGGAGAAAGCCGGGAGCGACGAGAAGAUGCUCAUCAAGAUCUUCCGUUGCCUGGGAAGCUGGUUCAACCUGGGUGUUCUGGACAGCACCUUCAUGGCCAACAGCAAGUUGCUCUCCCUGCUUUUUGAGGUUCUGCAACAGGACAAGACGUCGUCCAACCUGCACGAAGCGGCGUCCGACUGCAUCUGUUCCGCCCUCUACGCCAUCGAGAACGUGGAGACCAACCUGGCCCUCGCCCUGCAGCUCUUCCAGGGCGUCCUGACACUGGAGACGGCGUACCACAUGGCCGUAGCCCGCGAGGACUUGGACAAGGUCCUCAAUUACUGUCGGAUCUUCACCGAACUCUGCGAGACCUUCCUGGACAAAAUCGUUUGCACCCCGGGCCAAGGUUUGGGGGACCUGCGCACCAUAGAGCUGCUCCUGAUCUGCGCGGGGCACCCCCAGUACGAGGUGGUGGAGAUAUCCUUCAACUUCUGGUACCGGCUAGGAGAGCACCUGUACAAGACAGAUGACGCCAUCAUCCAUAGCAUCUUCAAGGCCUACAUUCAGCGGCUUCUUCACGCCCUGGCCCGCCACUGCCAGCUGGACCCUGACCACGAAGGGAUCCCCGAGGAAACGGAUGAUUUUGGGGAGUUCCGGAUGCGAGUCUCGGAUCUCGUCAAGGAUUUGAUCUUCCUGGUUGGCUCCGUGGAGUGUUUUGCUCAGCUUUAUGCCACUUUGAAAGAAGGCAACCCGCCUUGGGAGGUGACGGAAGCCGUCCUGUUCAUCAUGGCCUCAAUAGCCAAGAGCGUUGACCAAGAGAACAAUCCCACUCUGGUGGAAGUACUGGACGGAGUGGUGCGCCUCCCCGAAGCUGUGCACACAGCAGUGCGCUACACCAGCAUCGAGCUGGUGGGGGAGAUGAGCGAAGUGGUGGACAGGAACCCCCAUUUCCUGGAUCCGGUCCUGGGCUACCUGAUGAAGGGCUUGUGUGAGAAAGCCCUCGCCUCCAUCGCCGCCAAAGCCAUCCACAACAUUUGCUCGGUGUGCCGGGACCACAUGGCUCAGCACUUCACUGGCCUGCUGGAAAUCGCCCGUUCCCUGGACUCCUUCAUGUUCUCGCCUGAAGCAGCUGUCGGACUCUUGAAAGGGACGGCGUUGGUGCUCGCCCGGCUACCACUGGAGAAGAUCUCGCCAUGCCUCAGUGAACUCUGUGCCGUUCAGGUGAUGGCCCUGAAAAAGUGUAGUCAAGGCACCAGUGCUGAGGAGUGCAAACAAGUUUGCUGGGCUUUGAGGGACUUUACCAGGCUCUUCCGGUAGCUGAGGCCUCUUUCGCUCUGCCUGUCCCAGGAAUGUCUUAUUUUCAGAAGAGGAAAUAAAACAGCCAAGAUGGUGAAACCACAACUAGCAAACUUCACUGCGGCCGAAGGCUCCGACUCGCUCCGGUGUGUCCCGCCAAUCCAGAAGAGACGAUUUUGCUCCGAGAACCAAGUCGGUGAAGUUCCUGCUUGUGAGUGAGAAAAGAGAGAAAGGCAGAAAACAAAACAAAAGAAAA